AUGAAGGGCACCUGCAUGCUGUUGCCUUUGACAUAUCUGGCUGACAACUUACAGAAUUCACGAGCGCGAGUGUACAAUGACUCGUUCUUUGACGGAAUUUUUGUGCCUGCUACGAACAGGUCAGGUUUUUACACUUUGGACGACAACACUCUGGCCGAUUGGCAGUUUCUGAUUGGAAAGAAGAAAUAUGGUGCAGAAUCUCAGAAUCCGACCAUCAAGUCUCUCUUAAUUAUAGCUUACUCCUUUAUUAUAAUCAUCUCCCUAUUUGGAAAUAUUCUCGUUUGCCACGUUGUGAUAAAAAAUAAAAGGAUGCAUUCUGCCACAAGUUUGUUCAUCGUGAAUCUGGCUAUCGCUGACAUCCUUAUUACCCUCCUCAACACUCCGUUCACUUUGGUGCGUUUUGUGAACAGUACCUGGGUAUUCGGGAAAGGCAUGUGCCACAUCAGUAGAUUUGUGCAAUAUUGCUCCUUACACGUGUGCACACUCACGCUGACUGCGAUAGCACUUGAUAGACGGCAGGUUAUUCUACAUCCAUUAAAGCCAAGAAUGUCCACAAUGCGAGGUGUAGUCUGCAUCGCAGUGAUUUGGUUGAUGGCUACCUGCUUUUCCCUCCCCCACGCAAUCUACCAGAAGUUAUUUACAUUUGUGUACAGCAAAGGCAUACUGCGCAGUCUGUGUCUCCCAGAUUUUCCUGAGCCCACUGAUCUCUACUGGAAGUACAUCGACCUGGCAACUUUCGUACUGUUAUACAUGUUACCACUCCUCAUCAUAACUGCAGCCUACACCACUGUGGCCAAGAGGUUAUGGCGGCGAAACGCCAUCGGUGAUGUAACCACCAAGCAGUAUUUUGCCCACAGGAAGAAGAAGAAGAAGACAAUCAAGAUGCUGAUGGCAGUGGUUGCAGUGUUUGCCAUCUGCUGGUUCCCCCUCAACUGCUAUGUAGUGCUUAUCUCUAGCCAGGUCAUCCGUACAAGCAAUGCUCUCUACUUCUCCUUCCACUGGUUUGCCAUGAGCAGUACCUGCUACAACCCAUUUAUCUAUUGCUGGCUCAAUGACAAUUUCCGCGCUGAGCUCAAGUACCUGGCAGGUAUGUGCCGGAAGAUUCCGGGCAGGGCACCUCGGCACUCGCAGCCCACCACGGCUCCCAUUCAGCGUGUUGCAUGGGUUGAGAGCCAUGCCGCCUCCUCUCACACCCAGGCUAAGGAGAGCCAUGGCCUGCACUCCACCUCACAUACUCAAUCCGGCAAAACAGACAUCCUAUCUGUGGAGCCCAUUGUGGCUGUCAGCUAACUACCUCUCUCAGAUGGUUGGUGCCAGCAGAAGACACCUCUUCUAGUCAUCUACCUUCAACUCAACUGACCCAUAUAUCCUUAUCAUCUAAAAAUUCACAUUGACUGUACAAAUGAUUGAGGGUCAGAGUUAGAGCCAUUUAUGAUAUGAUCAUAAAUUUCAUAAGUUCAUAAGUUUAGCAAUGGAUAAAUACCACACUGACAUUAGGAUUUUUUUUUUCCCUCACAGAGAGUGGUUACUGUGUGGAAUGGCUUGCCAGGACAUGUACUAGAGGUGGAAAUACUGGGUUUGGUUGAAGCCCAUGCUUGAUACGGUGCCAAAUACUAUCUGACUUUUAGGUAAACUAAGCAUUAGGUACACUUUAGGAAAACAUAAGCAUUCCUGGGCUGAAUGGCCUGGUCUUAUCAUUAUGUUAUAUUAUGUUACAUACAGUGGGCUCCAGAAUUAUUGACACCACUGACUUGCAGUGCAUAGAAAAUACUAAAUACUACAGAAUAUAUAUACAGUAUAUAUAAUUAUUGAGAUAAA